UCUGGUUCAGCGGCUCCGCUCGGCUCUGUUGGCGCUGUCUGUGUUUACCUCCCAGCCCAGCGCUGCUGUACUGUGGCCAGCUGGACACAAACCACCAUCCACAGCCUCAACUAGCCCGAAAAAUACUAAUGUAAGCUGUCUCGCGUUCAGUCCUUUGCGGAUUUCCUGCAGCAGCUGUGUGUGAGCGACACCGUAGCAAAGUUGUGAUGAAUAAGGAAAUCAUGUCACGCGUGGUGAAGAAGAGGCAGGCGGACCCUAAGGUGGUUCAGUAUGUGUGGGCGGCCAUCGAGGUCGUCCGCAACCAGAAACAGAUUGCAAACAUGGACAGGAUCUCCAAGUACCUGAGCCGUGUGUUUGGCAUGCACCCUAAGGAGACUGCCAGACAGCUGAGCUUGGCAGUGAAGGACGGCUUGGUGGUGGAGACCCUGACUGUUGGUUGUAAGGGCUCCAAGGCCGGCAUCGAGCAGGAAGGAUACUGGCUGCCCGGGGAUGAGAUGGAGCCGAAAGCCGAGGGAAGCAAGGAGUGGGAGGCAGAGAGCCACGACUGGUACUGCUUUGAGUGUCACCUACCGGGCGAUGUCCUUGCAUGUGACAACUGCUUCCGGGUUUACCACCUCAAAUGUCUGUCAGAGGACUUCAAGCCCAGAGAUGGAGGGUCCCACUGGCAGUGUGUCGUCUGCAGGGGCAGUAAAAAGAAGAACCUGAACAAACAGGAGAUGAGUAAAUACCUGCGCUUCAUCGUGCAGCGUAUGAAGGAGAGGGCAGUGGACCUGAACAAGAAAGGGAAAGACACUAAACAUCCCAUGUACAAACGACUGAUCCACACUGCGCUGGAAGUCUCAGACAUCCAGGAGAACCUGUCUGAAGGAAAGUAUAAAAGCUUCGAGGAGUUCAAAGCAGAUGCUCAGCUCAUUGUUCACAACACUGCCAUCUUGUAUGGAGUUAACAGCGACCAGGCGGAGAUCGCACGGCUGCUCUUCAGCGACACAUGCCACGAGUUGAAUGAGUUGUUGUUGUGCAAGAACUGCUUCUACCUGUCGAAUGCCCGGCCAGACAACUGGUUUUGUUAUCCCUGUAGCCCCAGCCAUGACUUAGUGUGGGCCAAGAUGAAAGGAUUUGGCUACUGGCCGGCCAAAGUCCUUCAGAGGGAGGAAAACCAGGUGGACGUACGCUUCUUUGGCCACCAGCACCAGAGAGCGUGGAUCCCCUCAGACAACAUACAAGACAUCAAAGUGAGUGUCCAGCAGCUGCAAGUGAAGCGCAGCAAUGGCUGGAAGAAGGCCUGUGAGGAGCUGGAGGUCUACCAGCGCUUCCUGAGGGAGGGCCGUUACUGGAAAACAAAGCUGGAGGAGGGCAACAUGCCGUCACACCAGCAUAUGCAGCAGAGCCAGAGCCAGAGCCAGAGCCAGAGCCAGACCCAGACCCAGACCCAGAGCCAGCGGCAGCAGCAGCAGCAGCAGCAGCAGCAGGAGGGCAGUGGGAGGACGGACAGGCUGGAGCGGACGGACGAAGCAGAGUCCAGCAUCUCCUCCACCAGCAACGAGCAGGUCCGACAUCUCAAAGGCAGCCUCGAACCCAAGGCCAAGAAAAGCCGUCGAUCUCAAAUGGUCGAGCCCAAAGAAGAAGCCAGUUCUGUGACUCCAUGCUCGUCUCUCCAUCAGGACCCAGAGCCAGAGAUGGAGGCAGUCAGCUCCAGUCAGGAGAUCCCGGUGUCCUCGGCGCCCCAGCAGCCCGAGAAACUAUCGGUGUCCACGCAAACUAAGAAGGCCAGCGGAGGGUCACCGCGCACGCUGCACCGCGGCACUCAGACCAACAGCGACGGCGCCUGCCAGAACAUGUGCCACGAGAAGUACACCAAGGUCUUCAACGACGUCAAGGAGAUGAUGAAGGCUGACAACAAGAGGGAGACAGAGAGGGUCGUCAGAGAGGCUCUGGAGAAGCUCCGUGCAGAGAUGGAGGAGGAGAAGCGUCAGGCAGUGAGUAAGGCGGUGGCAGGAGCUCAGGCGGAGAUGGAGAGGAAGUGUAAGCAAGUGAAGGAGAAGUGUAAAGAGGAGUUGGUGGAGGAGGUGAAGAAGGUAGUGGCCCAACACAAACAGCUCAUCUCCCAGACCAAGAAGAAGCAGUGGUGUUAUAACUGUGAGGAGGAGGCCAUGUAUCACUGCUGCUGGAACACCUCAUACUGCUCCAUCAAGUGUCAGCAGGAGCACUGGCACGCCGACCACAAACGCACCUGCCGCAGGAAGAGAUGAACAAGACCGCCCCCUUCUGACCUUACACAGCACGCCAUUGGCUCUUGCCCUCUCCUCUUGUCAGUCAGUGUCUACAACACACACACCUAAUAGACACAAACACACACACACAUACAAACACACUUCCUGCUUCUCUACUUGCCUUCCUGAAAACUUUGUGGACCCGAUGUUUUCUGUGUGAAAAGAGCAAUUUGUUCCCUUUUUUGUUUUCAUUUUGUUUCUAUUAUUUAAUGUACCCAUUGUAUUGAUUUUUCUUUCUAUAUUUUAUGUUUUUUCCUCUAAAUCGUGAACAGAUUGCUCGAGAGCAUGGCUCGAAUGCAGAGUUAUGGUAUGAUUUUUGUGUUCUUUUUUUCCUCUGAUUUUUUUUUGUUUUGUUUUUUUGUCUUUACUGAAGUGCUAAUUUUGAGCUUGUGUCAGAGAAUGUGUUAUUUAAGUGUGUAGUAACAGAUGAGCGUUAAUUGAAUACAUUUUAUUACCUGAAUUUUUAAAAAAAUCACUUUUCUUACUGUAAAUGCAACAAAUACACACCGUCGAUCUUACAAGAAAAAUUAAAACAUACCGUAAGUACUAUCGCAGCACCAAACUAGCGCCGCUUUCAUAGAGAAAACCUAUUUAAAAAAUGAUAAAAAACUACGUAAGAUAUGGAUUUGUGGACAUCAUGGCUCACCGACGUAAUAUAUUUUUUGUUUUUCAUGAAACUAUUGCGGUGGAUGGCACCUUUUUAUCAUUUCUACCUAAAAUCUUAUUGUCCUCAAGUCACUUAUUGGGAACAGGGUCACAAGGUCGGCCUUAAAAGACGCCGGCAAAAUAAAUCUUCCAUGUAUUAUUAUUAUAAUUAAUAUUAUUAUGCACAUUUUGAGGCUCUUUUUUUCAAAUAGACUAGUUUUUAUGAGUCACAUAUUAAAAAAUGAAAGAUUUUAAUUAGUUCUAAAUUGGGGAAAUGUAAAGCAAUCUUUCCUGAGCUGGAUCUUAGAGAGGUUCCAUGAUUUGACAGUUUUUCGACUUUUUUGCACACUUCGUUUUCUUAACAACCCAAAUGCUUGUAAUAUUGCCAAAAAAAAAAAAAAAAAAAAAAAUCAAACAUUUUGUUGAACCUACCUGAGAAGAUCUGGUGAGUUCUCCCUCCUCCUGCGUCCUCCUAAAACCUUAAAAUAAUAUGUAUAUUUUUCCGAGCGUCGUCAGUGUCAUUUUUAUAGUGAUGUACAUUCAAAAAGUUCAUUCUUUUUUCUUUUUCUUAACCUGAAGUGACUCUUUCACUGCUUAUGCUGUAGUUGGUGGUCAGUGCCUGUUUCUCUUUUUCUUUUCUCAUCCUCUUACUCCCAGUAAGGCGGCAUGCAUGUUGAUAGUUACAUAGUUUGUCUUUUUUUAUUCAUUACGGUAAAGCUAAAAAAAGAAAAAAAAAAAAAAAAGACCAGAAGCUUGCUGGUGUUUAAUGAGCAGUGACGACGGAUGGACCAAUAUAAAACUUUAUGCAAAUGUGAAUGAUCAAAUGAAUCUUUUCUAUAGUUCUCCCUGCGCUGGAUGUCAAGUGUCAAUGGUGUAUAAAUAUGGUGCUUGGAAACUUUUUUUAAAGGGGCAAUAAAAUUGCCAGUUUUUGAUUUUCUUUGAGAAGUGUGACACUUUUAAAGUUUGAUGACUGUUUCCUCAGUUAUGAAGAUUGACUGAACGGAGGAAAAUGAUUCAGUUACUCUGUCGACGCAUUGCUUUUUCUUACACACAGACUGCUGUUAAUCAGUUUGUGCUUCUGUUAACGUAUGACGAAUAAAAUACCGUAAAUUCUCACAUAGUGGACAGGAACUUUUUUUAUAAUCUCAGCUAAAGAGAGAACCAGACUUUUAUAUCCAAUUCCUCCUAUUUUAUCCCAUUUCUAACACCUGUUGCUUCUUUUUGAUGUAAAGGAAAACUCAAAUUCCACGCUACAUAAUAAUUGUAUACAGUACGUACAGCAUGCUAAAAGUUUGCUGCAGACAGAAUGCAUGAAAUCAAGUUGCUCUUCUGUUCAGUGGGGAAUAAUGCAAUACGUGAACCAACAGACUUCCAUCAAACAGACAAAACAAAAUGUCUUUCAAAGAUUUUUUUAUUCUAAUAUCUUUGUGACGCUUGUCCCAAUUCCACACUGCUGCAUUCUAACAGAAUCAAGUUUGUACUUAUGACUAAUAUUGGUAUACUGUUACUGCAGUUAGUGCACAAGAAAUCAACGCACUUCACUGUUUUAUACCAUCAGGAAAUCAUGAAAUACAUGUGAAUCAAUUGCCUCUUCUAGGAGCACCACCGUUGUGGCUCCUCCAAUUCAUUUGUGUCUAGUUAGGGCUGCAACUAAUGAUUAUUUUCAUUUCAUUGAUUCAUUUAUCCAUUGUUUAUGUGUUUAAUCUAUAAAAUGCCAGAAAAUAGUGAAACUAAAUAAUUUACAUUAAUAUAAAAUCACAUUUAAGGAGAUGGAACCAAUAAAUCCUUGCAAAUUAUUAUUAUUUUUUUUAAACUUGGUUUUCUUUUUCAAUGUCAAGUCGCAACAGACGUAAAACUUGCUUAGAAUCAGUGUAAAGUAUUUCAUGUGGAAGUUGUUUUUUGUUAAACAUGUACUGGAAGUGUUGCAUUACAUAAAAGGCCGUUGUUGUUUUAUAUUUUGAUUAUUGUUAAAGGAAUCCCAUAAAAAAUGACCAAAACUAACCACAUAUUAGUUCGUCUGCAGCAAUGUCUUACUUCCUGUUUGUGGCUUUCAGCUCUGAGCCCAUUGGGUCCUACUGAAGAUAUAAAACUUUAGAAACACAAAUAUCUAGUUUUAUUUGUUUAAAAAGGCUCAGUAAUUUCCUAAAACAGCUGGUCACUUUAGUUUUUGACCAGAAACAGGGGAAAAAAAUUGUAAUUAAUCCACAUUCGGUGCUUUAGUGCAGUAGUUCUCAAUCAAGCGGCAACCUCCGCUCCAUGUUGGAGCCAACAUGGUUCUUUGAACAGCUACUUGAAGCUGGUUCCAGAAGCCAUGUAAUCCCCAUAGAUCCCUGUUAAAAUGCCCAACUGUACCAAGGGCGUUUUAUUUUUUUUUUUUUUUUGGGUAACUCACUCAUUUACAUUUUAUUAAGGCUUUAAGAGCAUAGCUGCUUUGAGUGACAGGCUGUCUGCUGAUGGUGUUCUCGGCUCCCUCAGUCAGAGCCACCUCUCGCUCCUCCACAGUGCCAGCAUCUCACCCAAAUGCGGUCACUUCUGGCUCUAGAAAACCAAGAUGGCGACUGCUGAAAUGUAGAACUUGAGGCUUCAAAAUGGGUGUCCUCAAACCAGUGGGUGACGUCAUGGUAGCUAUCUAUGUUCUCAAUCAGGGGUCCUUAAGGGGGUUCCAUGGUAUCCCCUGAAAAUGGUGGAUAGUUUAUUUACAGUAUUCAACUCACUACAGAAGUGAGACAGAUGUGAGCAGGAGCCAUAAGAGUAACUAUUCUGAUCAUAGGUUUCACUUCCUCUGCAGUUAUCUCUUCAUAGAAUUCUGGUCUUAAUCAUUUCUAACAACCAAAAUCGUUUUAGCUGGGGGUCCCCAAUGCCAAAUCUUAUUAAGUAGGGGUCUAUGACCUAUUAUGUAUCAAUUUAGAGAUCCUUAACACAAAAAGUUUGAGAACCACUGCAUUAGAGAGUAUUUGUGGCGUAGGACGGUUUAUGUGGGAUUGAGUCAAAAUAAAUUACAGGAUAUGUGGUCAUGGUGAUGAAGGAACAUGACACCCAGGACAAAGGAGCUCAAUGACAGAGAGGAAGAAGAUAUAUAAUAUUUGAUAUACACACAGUACAUGUUAGUAGAGGCUCAUUUUUGUUAUUUUAAUUAGAUUUGAUGAGGAAAAUACUAUUUAAUAAGAACAAACAAUCAUGUUUGAAAAUGGCCCACUAUUAGAGAAUUUACGGUAACUGUUGUUCCAGACUUUAAAGACUUUAAAACUUUUCUCUCACUUGUCUCUGAGUCUUUUUUUGGAAACUCAUUUAAGUGUAUCACUUUAAGAUGUAACAUGUUAUUGUACAGUUGGACUUCUCUGUUCUCAUCCAGCAGUUUGUGAUUUACUUUGCAUUUCUGGAAGAGUUCUCUAACGUUCUCUUGUGUUUUAUCACAGUUCUCCUCAGCAGGCUUUUUUUUCCUUUCUUCUAUCAUCAUUGCACUACAUGUAAAUAAAUCUCUCCUCCAUCAUAUUAUAUGUACAUUGUAAAUGGAUUCACAAAUAUUAGAUUUCUGUUGUAUUUUUUUCUGUGUUCACAGUGAUCUGGAUGACUGUUAGUUCUAGUUUUGUACAAUGUACAACCGUUAAUCAUAUCAGCUUCCAUUGUUCCCACCACACUCUGGGUUUGUUCAGCACAUUUCUGGUUUGGUUAAAGUAUUGUCAUGAUGAAAACCAAACCAAUAAUUUUAUAAAGAACUCCCAUACCAAUCACUCGUUGAAGGUUACAUGUUUUAUGUUACACACCUUUUCUUUUUUUUGUGACUUUUUAUAUUCGUCCAUCCAGCCGUUUUUAAAAAAGGAUUGAGUGUGAAAAGUUUUGGAAAACUUUUUGAUGUCAUUCCAGUUUGUACCUCUGUUUUUUUUUU